AUGGCUUCAUUAGAUUCAAGAAAAAAACAAAAACAACUCUCCGCUUCCACCUCACAGCAUGGACCCAACCCUCCCCAGCAGAAUCCAGUUGCAUCUAUUGAAGAACAGGAAGAAGAAAUUGUGGAAGAUGGAGAUUUUGGAGAAUUAAAUUUAGCUGAUGAUUCAAUGGAGCAAAGUUCUUCUAACCUCAACUUGGAUAAUUACAAUAAUGAAAAUAGAAUAGAUGAUUUAAUGGAGGGCUGUUCGUCUACUUUUGAAAUUCCAUUUGAAAUUCCAUUCCAAAUUCCAUCAUUAGCAGAUUCACAACAGAUGUUAUUACAGCGACUUAAAGAAUCACAAAAAUUGUUGAAACAAAACUCGAUUUCUCUUCCCGAUUUCUCUAGUAUGUUUACCUUUGCUGAGACCACAGUUCAAAAUAUUUUCUCAAAAAAAUGCUUCUUCUGUGAACACGAGUUUUUUGAUUUUGUCCGAACCAGGCAUUAUAAAACCAAAAAUUGCAAAAUCCACAACUUUUAUACAAACGGGUGGUCCCUUCAAUUUGAGGAAGUAUUAAAAAAUGAUGAUUUACCUAAUACAGACACAUUGUUUGAUUUUUCUGAGGAAGGCCCUUAUAAAGUAAUACCCCUUUCUUUCUUUUUAUACAAAUAUUUUAGGUUUACUUGGUGCGCAAUGGAACUGAAAUUUAUAACAUCAAAUACUUCGGGGUCACAUCACAGACAGUAACAAGGCGGGUUUUGGAUCACAAACACACCGGGACUUUCAAAGAAUUAUCAAAUUCAACAAAUAUAGAAUACGGCUGCUUUUUGACAAAUUUAAAUAAAAAGACAGCAUUGUUUUUGGAAGGGUUACUUAUAUUAUCGUCCAAAUUAGGCACAAAUUUAAUCAACAAACAAUAUGAAUUUCAAAAUAUAAUUAAUGGCUUAAAGGAAGAAGAAAUUAAAGACGAAGAAGAAAUGAAAAACGCUAUUCUUGUUCAUCACAAAUCAACAAUUAUAUUACUGAAAGCAAAAUGGUCUCAAAUUAGAUGGUUAAAUUUU